AUGAACGAGAGUGCGGCCAGUAAUUUGGACUACGCGCCGGUCUUGGAGCAAGGCGCCAGGGCUCGAUUGGAGCCUAUGCCGGUAUGCAUUCGCAACCCACAUAUGCGGAAUAGGGAGACUUGUGCGGCCGCACCGGGUGUCGUACCAGUAACAUCGCGCCAUAAGUUGACUACCAGCGAUGCUAGUAGAGGGCUGCCAAGCCAGCAACCGGACAGGCAGCGGCGCGAGCACUUCGAAGACGCUCAAGGGCAGUCAAAGACGGGUAAGGCGGCGACUUGUGAGAGCGACACACCAGAGAUACCAGUAUGCCAGCUAUCGGGUUCUGACCCCUCGAGCGAGCCUUCAGUCGCUGUGCACUCUCCGAUCAGCUCAGUGAUAGGUGCAUAUGAGACCGAGGGCUGGCCCAAACUGAGCACGGAAAACGACGCCCGUCCGGAAGAGGCCAUGAAAACUGAGCUUAGCGGAGCGACAAAGGCCGAUACGCUUGUGCUGUUCAGAAGGAGUGGGUCAAGCUUCGAGAGAGGCGAAGCUGGUCCGCAAGAGAGCCGGAAGCGCCCCCAGUAUUACGCUCACUACCGACCAGCAGUCAACAACCCGCAGCCAGCGCAAGUAGAAGAGGACUUUAUCGAUACAGCCCGAGGCGAACGAUGCGACACUGCUACCAGUCUCGAUCUGAUCAAUGUAGAUUUUGAAGAGAGCGUCAGAGCCGAGCCCAGCAAUGCAGUAUGCUCUGACUCACACGCGUCCAGAUCCGCCGAGAAAGCCGUAAACGAAGAUCCGUCAGACUUGACAAGUCUCGAUUCGUCCAGCAUAGCGCCACAUGCUUGGCCAGAUCAUUGUUCGAACGCCCAGUGCACCGUCCUUGUGUCCUACGUCGAGGAACAGGCGUUCGUCGAACCUGGCGAAUCACAGCAGGAAGUAGGCCCCGCUCGACCACGUCGCCGAGCGUACAGCAAGAUUUGGAGGCUGGGCCGCGAAGGGCUACUGCCAGUCAUUCCGGAAGCAGAGGAGGCGUCUGCUAGCGAAGCCUGUAGCUCGCCUGAGCUUGCAAUGACCGCCACCAACGAUGCUGAUGCGCGCAACACAAGCGUGGACGAGUCUGAAUUACACAUGUCCUACGAGCCGGUCAACCGUAUGGCAAGCGUGUACCGGGGUGUAAUGACCGAGUACAGAGGUCCUGCCGUCGCCCACCUCACUGCGCAAGCCAUUAGAAGGCUAUCUUCGCCAUACCGACAGAGGCGUAUCAGUAGCCUCAUGCGAGAGCUCGGACAGACAAAGGCGGCGUAUGAAGACCUUGCGGAGACCGUGGAGCAGCUCAAGGCCGAUCACGGCAUUGAAAGCUCGACGGGAGGGUCAGGUUUCGACGGCAAGAGUGGGCCUGUUGAGACUGACUCUUGGAGAACCCGAACGCUUGAAGAGGGUCGGGAGGAUGCAGCCGCCGCAGAAGCGGUUCUGGUGGAGUUGGAUCCAAGCCUGCCGGAGGCACUUAGACGCACGUGGAUCGACAAGGAGUGCAUACUGUGA